AUGUGCGAGGUGACGCCCACUCUCAGCGGAGAUGUCCAGCAUGGUUCGCUGCUGGGUCCAGACGAGGCAGGCAGGGAGCCGGAACUCCUCCAGAUGAUGUUCACCGAGAUGAAGAGCAUGCUGGAGACAAUGCGCGAGGCGCAGGACAGGCUGGCCACUGCGCAACUGCGGGUGCACGAGCUGAAACAUGAGAAUGAGACUCUGCAGCAGCAGCUCAGCAUCCUGCUGCCCCAGGAGUUACAGGCUCUGACCAAGGAGUUGAUAAUGGGUCGGAAGCAUUUACUGGAGAGGGAAGAAGAGAUUGCAGAGCUGAAGGCAGAGCGGAACAAUAUGAGGCUGUUGUUGGAAGAUCUGGAGUAUAUGGUUUCCAGGCAUGAAAGAUCUGUAGGCAGGACCUUUGUCAAACGCCAACCCCAGUCCUCUCGCGGUGUCUCCUCCAACAUGGAAGUGAUUACAACUCUGAAAAUCCUCUUCCAUCAUCACAAAGUCCUCCAGAAGAAGACCCUUGAAAAUGACCUGGGUUCUGUCAAGGACACCUAUGGGCGCAUAGCUGAGCUGCAGGAGGCCCUGGAGCAGCAGAGAGCAGAAGUAUGCCAGCUGCGGGAGCACCUGGCAUUGCUGCAUGGGCAGGUGGGCCAGCUGGAGCAGGAACUGGCCACUGCUCACCACCAGCUGAAUGAGAACAAAGAAGCCAACCGCAAGCUGCAGCAGGAGCUCAAGGAGAAUCCUGUCCCCAAGGAGGAAGCUGGGGUUCCACCAGGACAGGGCCCAGCCGUAACAGGAGACACCCCACCACCCACUCCCUGCUCUGCUCAUCUUCACGGAAAGACCCAGGCCUUGGCACUGCAGGAAGAGUCCCUGGAAGAUGCGGGACCCUCCUGUGAAAGCAAGGGCACCCCAGAUGCCCUCCACAAAGGCCCCAAGAAGAAGGACAUGAAAACUUACCUAAGCAACCUCUUUGGAAAGAAAACGGGCAGGAUGUGA